CAUUGUCAUGAAAUUAUCUACAAGCUUACAGCCGCUGGUGCAGUAUCCUUUUUUUUUUUGUUGGCCUGACUGGUGCAGCAUUCCAGAGCUCCCUCCUGGAGAGUCACUCGUUCAGUAACUUCAAUGGCUUACCAAAGAAGUGAGCGAACCCACAAGCCUAAACCAGUAACGCCCAGAUCUUUGAUUCUCCUUCUCGCCUUGGCGAUCUCUGCCAUUAGCUUCAUCUCGCUCUUUUCCUCUCUGCUCUCCACUAAUGGUUCUUCCUCCCCCGCCUCCAAUUCCCUCCCAAUUAUGCUCAAACGGAGGCACCGUUGGACUGGCCAUGACAAGUACUUGUACUGGGGCCGAAGGAUAGACUGCCCUGGAAAGCACUGCGAUUCUUGCGAGGGUUUGGGCCACCAGGAAUCCAGCCUCAGAUGUGCCCUUGAAGAGGCCCUCUAUCUUCGGAGAAUUUUCGUCAUGCCAUCAAGAAUGUGCAUUAACCCCUUACAUAAUAAGAAGGGGAUCCUUCAUCAGUUUAGUGAGGCUAGUUCAGAGGAAAUGUGGGAAGCAAAUUCUUGUGCCAUGGACUCGUUGUAUGAUAUAGACCUCAUAUCAGAUACCAUCCCUGUAAUUCUGGACAAUUCAGAAGAAUGGUUUGAGGUUUUAUCUACAGGCAUGAGGUUGGGAGCCAGAGGAGUUGCCCAUGUGGAAGGUGUUAGCCGUGCUGAUCUUAGAUACAACAAUCGCUACUCUAAUCUCUUGUUCAUAAACAGAACUGCUAGCCCACUUUCUUGGUUUAUGGAAUGCAAGGAUCGAAACAACCGGAGUGCUAUAAUGUUGCCAUAUUCAUUUCUGCCAUCAAUGGCAGCAGAGAAACUAAGAGAUGCAGCAGAGAAGAUCAAAGCACUCCUUGGUGAUUACGAUGCCAUGCAUGUUCGUCGUGGUGAUAAAAUGAAGACCAGGAAGGACAGAUUUGGUGUUACAAGGACCUUGCAUCCUCACCUUGAUAGGGACACACGACCUGAGUUUAUUCUCUGCAGAAUUGCGAAGUGGGUCCCUCCGGGAAGAACCUUGUUUGUCGCUUCGAAUGAAAGGACUCCAGGAUUCUUUUCACCACUCUCUGCCAGGUAUAAAUUGGCAUAUUCAUCAAACUAUAGCAAGAUCCUUGAUGCAGUGGUCGAGAACAAUUACCAAUUAUUCAUGAUCGAGAGGCUUGUAAUGAUGGGGGCCAAAACGUUCAUUAAAACAUUCAAGGAGGAUGAGACAACCCUCAGCCUUACUGAUGAUCCCAAGAAAAACAAUAAAAAUUGGCAGGAACCCAUCUACACAGCGGAUCAAGGCACAUGCUGACGACCGCACCUAUUUCUAUGUAGAAAUUUCGUGGAUUCCCUUGGCUAACAAUGUAACUCUCAAAUAUUCCCUUGCUCGGAAUACUCAAGAACAAACUUCAGCCCAAAAUGCAGGGAGGCCUAAAUCUACAAGAGCGAACUAAUCCUAUUAAGGUCGUCCAAGUACAUAUUAAAGCAACCAGUAGUCCAGGAGGGACACGAGUUAGUAUAAUCACAUAGCAUUUCUGAUUCAUUAAUUAUAUCGCUAAUUUUUAUUUU